GAGCUACUCGGCUUGUUUUGUUCAAUUAAAGAGUGAAAGAACAAUUAGACCAGAGUCUAGAGAGAGAAAGAAAGUAGAAAAACUUUUACGCUCCCCAAGGCUGCAGGUUACACUACAACCAAAAGCUGUGGUUUCCACCAUCACCGAAGCAAUCGUUUUACUCUCUCUCAUCACUUAAUUACACCAUCUUCUCCUUCUUCUUCUUCUUCAUCCCUUCGAAGACUGAACCUUUGACUCUCUUUCAGUCAAAUGAACUUGAUCUCAGUUCAUGGGGUAGAGAGAGAGAGAGUAUCAUCUCCUACUAUAUCUGCCUCUUUUUCGUAUAUGGUAUAUGAUGAUUAUAUGUAAUAUUCCAACCCAUCAUUACCUUUUAUAUAACAAAGUUGAAUCUCAUCCACCUCUUUCUAAUAAUUCCCCAAAAUAAGCACACCAUUCUACCUAUUCCCCCUCUCCCCCCAUUUUUCUCUCCUCUCUCAAACCACUAUAUCAAACCCUACUCCCACUUCUGUUUUCUCUCGCUCUAAAGCUAAUAUUUUCUCUUUCUCUCUCUAAAGCUUAGAUUUUCUUGAGAAGGAAACCAGGAGGGUGGUGGUAGCACUUACCACUCACCACAAUGGAUUCCCAUGACCCAACCUCCAUAAUUUUUUCAAGAAUCCAGAGUUUGGAUCCAGAGAAUGCCUCAAAAAUCAUGGGUUACAUACUCUUUCAAGACUUCGGAGAGAAAGAAAAGAUGAAACUGGCCUUUGGACCAGACAAUCUGUUGCUAUCUCUCAUUAUCCAAGCAAAAGCUCAGUUGGGACUUUCAUCGAACAGUUCAUCUACACCCUCCUCUCCCUCCCCUUUCAGCCCCAUUUCGAACUUGACCAGACCUAACCCACUAACCCAGUCGUCCUCAAGAAUCAUAAUUCCCAAAAAUGGGUUUCACAUGAACCCUUCUUCGCCCUCAUCGCCAUGGUCACUUUCUGGUUUUUCGGAUCAUCGAAGCCCCAACAGUCACUUGAGUCCUAGACCAGCUUCGUCGCUUUCUUACGCUGCUGUCGUUAACGGAACCACCAACGGCGCUUCUGGGUCGUUUUCAUCGUCUCCAAACACUUCAUUUUCAGUGCCAUUUUACAGUGAGAGUUCUUGUAAUGAUCUUAACGACGAGUACUCUAAUCUUGAAGUUCACAAUCAGUUGUCUUUUCUCGACGAGUCUUCUUUAAAGAACACUGAUUUUAUGGAUCCGAUUAUGAGUCCGGGUGGGCGGAGCGAUUCGUUUGUGUUCCCAUAUGGGAACACUGCCAGCAACUGGGUGGAUUCGGGCAAUUGCGGCGACAGUCACCACCACCAGCUUCAUAGGCGGAGCUGUUCGGUGAAUGAUGUGUUUCUUAGUGGUGGGUCAGAUGAUGGUGGUUCUGGGCUUGGGUGGAGGCCUUGUGUGUAUUUUGCUAGAGGCUUUUGCAAGAAUGGGAACAGUUGCAAGUUUUCGCAUGGUGGGUUUGCUGAUUCUCUGGAUGCUUCGGAUGCCAUUGUGGGUUCUCCGAGUAAGAUUGAUGGGUUCGAUGAGUUACUGAGGAUGAAGGCCAUUCAGCAGCAGCAGCAUAGAUUUGCCGCAGCGUCGCAUCUAAUGGCCGGAGCUCCUUUUGCUUACAACAAAGGCAUGAACUUUCUUAAUGACACCCAGAGAUCUGCGGCAGCAGCAUUGAUGCUGGAUGAAGAAUUUCAAAAGUUUGGUCGGUGCAGGCCGGGGAGGAGUGAAUUUUCUGCAAUGGGAUUGGGAGGUAGUUCAAAUUCGAGUGCGAGGCAAAUCUAUUUGACAUUUCCAGCUGACAGUACGUUUAAAGAAGAGGAUGUUUCCAAUUACUUCAACAUAUAUGGACCUGUGCAAGAUGUGAGAAUUCCGUAUCAGCAGAAGCGAAUGUUUGGGUUUGUUACAUUUCUACACCCGGAGACUGUGAGGCUCAUUUUGGCCAAAGGGAACCCCCAUUUUGUAUGUGACUCCCGUGUGCUUGUUAAGCCUUACAAGGAGAAAGGAAAAUUACCAGACAAGAAGCAACAGCAGCAACAGUUGGAGAGAGGAGAAUUUUCACGUUGUUUAAGUCCGUCGGGACUUGAUUCUAGGGAGUCUUGUGAGCUACCCAUUGGAGCAAGGAUGUUCUACAAUCCUCAAGAGAUGCUUUUGAGAAGGAAAUUUGAGGAGCAGGCUGAAUUGCAGCAAGCCAUUGAACUCCAGGGCAGAAGAUUGAUGAAUGUGCAACUCAUGGACUUGAAGAAUCAUCAUCAUAAUCAUCAAUUCCAGCCCAACCUAUCGCCAAGUGGUCACAUUGCCUUGUCAGCUCCACCUCACGUGCAAAUAAAUCAAAGUCUCAUGCUUCCUUCUGAUAGCAUCAAUGAAGAAAUCCCAGAAGAUAACAACGGUCGUUCAGACGCUGCUAAUUCUCCAAUUUUUGAAGCCGAGCAGAAGCUGCCACAGGAUUUAAGUGACACCUGCAUUAGCAAGAAUGGCAAUUACAGUGGCAACGACAAGGAAGAGAACCUCGUUGACUCUGAUCUGCCUGAAAGCAGCUUAGAUCACAUCCUUCCCGAUAACCUCUUUGCAUCUCCUACAAAAUUAGCCGGUGACCACCACUCUUCUAUCUUCUCUGCCGCAUCGGUAGAAACUGAUAUUAACACCCUAAUAACAACUACAUCUUCUAACAGUAUCCCAAUGCUGCCCAACACAUCUACCCUCUAAUAUGGUUAAAUCCCAGAUCAUGCUAAUAUCCAAAUGCUGAGCUUUUGAACUGUAGGUGAUACAGGUGAGCAUGUCCAUUAUGGGGAAUUGACUUGAAGCUUGAAAAGGUUGAGUAGCAUAUAUACAAAGGGAGAGAGAGUCCUCUAGCUGUAUAGCCAAACCAUACCCACAUGAAGAAAGAAGAAAAGAUCUGUAAGGAAGAUCUCCUCAAGAUUAUUGUCAUCAUCAAUACCAUACUACUUACAACAAUACAUAAUGCAUACGUAAAGGACAGAUGAACUGAUUUAUGGAGUGGGGUCUCUUCUUUUCUUUACUUUGUACCCUCUCUGUAGUAGUUGUGUGCUGGACCACACUUGAACAAUAGCAUAACAAACACAAGGCCUAGUAGUAAAAGAACUCGUUUUUUGUAUAUUUUGUUAAUUUACUUUCUUCUCUUUUAUAACCCUGUUCUUGUGUGGUAAAAAGAUUAAAAAAAAACCCUGAAGAUACCUUGUUUUAUGAGAUAUUUUUAUAUGCCCCGGCCAA